UCCCCAAAGAUUCCCACCAGCACACGCAAGGAGAUUCGGGAUUUGAGCCUUUCGGGGGAACCGAAAUGGACUCGGAUUCAGAAGUGGAGAGGAUCCUACAGGUGAGCCAGAACCAGGAGAGACCUCCCUCUAGCUAUGGCUCAAUGAAGAGCGAUGAGGAGGAAGAGGACGAGAACAUCACAGAGGCCAGGCCCUCAUCUUGCAAAUCGGAACUACCCACCUUCACUACACACACACGGGUCCAGCUGAACCCCAGCGUGUCUCCAGAGACGGUCUUCACUGAGAUCACACAGCAGCAGUCUGUCAGCGGGCACCCCCAAGAGGGAACCUUCGUCACAGAGGGGCCACCCACGUGUGUGGAGGAGGAAGAAAGGGAUGAGCGCAGCCCCAUCCAGGUAGACUACCCUGAGCCACUGCCCCCCGUCAAUCCUGAGGACGAAUCACAGGAAGAGGGUGAUGAAGAGCAACAGCCAGGCAAGCUGCACCCUGAAUUCGACCUGCCCUACAUAUUCAAGUCCAUGCAGAAUUCUCUGACAUCCCUGGGUGGUCCUGAGUUACACCUGUUUAAGCGCUAUCUAUGUGGGCGCCACCCCUCCUUCACCAUGACUGACCUGGAGGAGGGCGAUACGCUGGACAUAGUGGAUAAGAUGCUGGAGCACUUCGGUAAACUGCAAGGCCUGCGGGUGGCGAUCCGCAUGCUGGAGAGCAUGAAGAAACCUGAGCUGGCCCAGGAACUGGAGAAGAAGUGCAAGAGAGCUGUGAUCCAGUAUGAGUUGAAGUGUGGUCUGAUCCGGCGACACAACUGUAUCUUUGAGGGUGUACCCCGGGCGGGCCAGCAUCUAUACCUGAAGUACGUCUACGUUGAACCCCAAAUCUCCACCCAAGGUCACGGCGGGGUCAAUCCCUUGCACGAGGUCCGAUCCGAUCCCCCCAACCCUCCCCAGGUUGCCUCCCCAGACAGCAUGAUUGGUGGGAAUAACAUUUUCCGUCUCCGGUCCCUGAAUGGGUCUCCAGUACGAUGCGUUCUGACCACGGGGCUGCCCGGAAUCGGAAACUCUGUGGCGGUCCAGAAGUUCAUGCUGGAUUGGGCAGAGGAUCGGGCUAAUUUCGACAUUCAGUUUGUGUUCCCGUUUCCGUUCCGGGAGAUGCAGUCGCUGAGGGAGCGGAACAUAGUUGAGAAGAAGGACAUCAGUAUGUUGGAGCUGCUGCAGACUUACCACAAUGAGACACGCUCCAUGGACUUUCUGGAGCAGCCAGACUGCAAGGUGCUGUUUGUCAUGGACGGGAUCGACAUCUACAAGAAACAUCUCGAUUUCAAGAACACUCCUGUUGUGACUGACAUCAAGGCUGUUAUUCCUCUGGACUCCCUGUUGGUAAAUCUGAUCCGAGGCUCUCUGCUGCCGCACGCCCUCUUGUGGCUGACCGGGAGACGUGCAGCUACCAAUCAGAUACCUCCUGAGUACAUCCACCGUGUCACUGAGAUACAGGGUUACAGUGACGAGCAGAAGGAUGACUAUCUGACCCUGCGUUACUCGGACAAGUCUCUGGCUGCUAAGAUCAUCAGACACACCAAGAAGUCCCCCACCAUCUACACCCUGUGUCAUAUUCCCUUCUGCUGCUGGAUGGUUGCCAUGGUGUAUGAGAGGGGUUUCCGUAACUACGAUGACUACGGAGACGAGCCCCCCAAGAUUACGUCCUUCUUCAUCCACUACAUGAUCAUCCAAAACAACCGCAAGCUGGAGAAAUACCACGGGCAAAACCCCAACUCACAGAAAUGGACGGACAUGGACAAGGUGUUCAUGUUGAAUCUGGGUUGCCUGGCUCUGAAGCUGUUGGACAAUAACCGCUCUGUGUUCUAUGAAGAGGACCUGCAUGAGCACAGUCUGCUGGUGAGGGAGGUGGCCUGGUGUUCGGGCCUGUGUACUGAGCUUCCCAGGGCGAAUGCCGAAGACAAGCGGGUCUUCUGCUUCACACACCUGAGCUUCCUGGAGUUCAUGGCUGCACAUUAUGUUUGGCUCACCUUCCGUCUGGAGGAGCGGAACGUUCUAGACCAGUCCCACCGCGUCCCCAAGCUGUUCAAGGAACACUCUCUGGUGGACAUGUACCGCAAAGCCAUUGACCGUUACCUCAGCGCUCCUGUCGGCCAGUACGACCUGUUCCUGCGCUUCCUGUGCGGUAUGUCCAUGACGCUCAAUGACGGUUUGCUCCGAGGGAUGCUGUUCCCCCAUAACUCCCCUCCACUGAAAGGUCUGGAGGACGUGGGCAGGCUGCUGACCAAGAGGAAGGACAGUGCAGGGCCAGAGAGACAGGCCAACCUUAGCGAAUGCCUCCGGGAGCUGGAAACGUCUGAGGACUGAACAGUCUCCUGCUGUUAGCAAACAUGUUUGAUCAUUUGUCUCUGAUGUACUGAACUCUGUUUUGUAAAAUGAAAGGUAAUGCGACUGAAGUAUUGGUGUCGUCUCUGUGCCCCGCUGAAACCAAAACAAUGAACAUUCAGUGUGUCUCAUCCAACUAGCAAGACAGACCGAGAGAAAGAGAAGGCAUAAAUCACAGAUGUGUCUUACCAGAAAGAGUUAAUCGUUGUGUCUGAACGAACUCUGUGACUGUGCGGAGUCUGUUAUAAGGACUAAUAUAUAACACAUCAACUAGCAGUCAAGAUAAAGACCACGGUGCUUGUUAGACUUGUGUGACCAUACAGCCUGUUCAUCCUCUACUCAACAAGAUGACUCACUGGAGGACGGAUGCAGACAGUAGUGACCCUAGUUGCAGAAUCUGUUAUGUACUGCUUCUCCAUCACUGACACUAGCCAGCUAUACUUCUAGUUGUAGUACAAGAACAAUCAGGUAUUUAGUUAACAUUUUCAUUAUUCCUUUAAUUAACAAACUUGAUGGAAAGGGAGUGUUUAUAUGUUUACACAUUUAUGUGUGUUUAAAUUACAUGACAUGUCUGUCUGUGUUUACAUGACAUGUCUGUCUGUGUUUACAUGACAUGUCUGUGUGUUUUGUAGUUUGGGUAUUGGGGUGAAAGGUGUACAGUAGAGCUGGGAGAUAUGAAAAAACAUUAUCCAUAUCACAAUAACUGGCUGAAUUAUCACGAUAAUGAUGAAUUGAAUGAUGUUUAUUCACCUGCACCAGUUAUGUGUUUAGAUUACCCUUAGUAGGGCUGACUCUAAUCAGUCCACUGGUCCAUUGUUUGGUCCUUAGGCUGUUGGUCAAUUGAGAUUAUUUUAGUUGAGCAGUAAAACAUAUAUAUUUUCACCUCUCAGUGAACUAAUCCAUUGCUGAGGCCUAGACCAAAGGCCAAUUUAUGCUUGAUUUGAAAUUGUGGUAGAGCCUCCAGAGGCCAAAUAGAGCUCUAUACCACUUCACUAUGUCCCUCCCAAAUGUUGUACCAAUGUGGAGGGCUCUGUAUAGCUCCACGAUGACAUGAUUGGUUCACGGUAGGUGAGGGUGGUACAUCCUGUAUAAACACACUCCCUUGACAACAGCUCUGCACUGCUCCGUAAGGAGUAUGAAUGCCCUGACUUCUGCUGAGGUCCUUCUUGCCCUGACUUCUGCUGAGGUCCUUCUUGCCCUGACUUCUGCUGAGGCCGUUCUUGCCCUGACUUCUGCUGAGGCCGUUCUUGCCCUGACUUCUGCUGAGGCCGUUCUUGCCCUUGACUUCUGCUGAGGCCGUUCUUGCCCUUGACUUCUGCUGAGGCCGUUCUUGCCCCGACUUCUGCUGAGGCCGUUCUUGCCCCGACUUCUGCUGAGGCCGUAUCACCGUAAAUGCUGCAUGGCCAAUGCAAACGUCAGAUUGACCAUGCACCCAGAUGCACAAUGCACUUCUCCAUCCAGAAUGCACUUCUCUCUCCAGAAUGCACUUCUCUCCCGCCUAUUGGUGCACAUUUGUUUCAUAACUUCAUUGUGUGAGUUGUUAGUGUAUAUCACUUCCCCAUAUCACCAGUAGUAUGUUUACCGUUAAUUCAUAUGAUUUCUAAUCCACAAUGUUUGUUACUUUGGUUACAAGUUCGAAUCCCCGAGCUGACAAGGUACAAAUCUGUCGUUCUGCCCCUGAACAGGCAGUUAACCCACUGUUCCUAGGCCGUCAUUGAAAAUAAGAAUUUGUUCUUAACUGACUUGCCUAGUAAAAUAAAAAAUUUAAAUAUG